UAGUCACUCGAAAGACUGUUGCGAGGCGAUACGCUAAAAAUUUAUACAUUUUGAUAUAUGACCGCGAUGUGUCCGUAAUUUUUUACGUAUUUAUUCCCGUAUUGUAAGGAAAAUCAAGUGGAAAACUUUCGAACAGUGUUAGUAUUGUAAGACCAAUGUUUCAUACGGUUUUCACCGUAUUCGGUAGAAAAUUAGAGUCGACGGAAUCGGAAGAUCAUAUUUGUACUACGCCAGCUCCUCCUGAUAUUCAGAAAUGUCUUUGCCCCGGGAAUUCGUGUAUAAUAAGGAGUUGUCAAAACUCGAAGGCGGCAUCCUUGGGUCGUCUGCGCCGCCGACGUCCGUCGCGCCUGUCUCCUGCUCGAUUGACCUCCCUGGUGAUGACAUCACAGAGGCGGUGCUAUCACCAGACAAGGCGGGUUCCCUGCUAUCCAUCCAGUCUGCGCCGCCAGAGCAAAGCGAUAGAAUGGAACAGCGAGAGAGGCCAGUUAGUCUGCUUCUAGAGCUGCCGCUUGCGUCUCAAGUAGGUGCAUAUCUCUCGGCCAUGUCGCCAACAGAGCAAGAGGAGGACUCGUUGCUAACACUCUCGUCGGUGACGGCGCGGCCGCUGCUUGCCGUGUCCAGGAAGUUACGGCCGCAGAGCGAUUCCUCUGACACAUCACCGCCAGACGGCGGCUAUGGCUGGGUGGUUGUGUUCGGCGCGUUCAUGGUCCAGUUCUGGGUCGCUGGUCUCUUCAAAUCCUAUGGAGUGCUGUAUGUGGAGAUAAUGGAAACGUUCCCGGAUUCUUCAGAGAGCGUGGCUAGUUGGAUACCGGCUGCUUUGUCUACGCUGUGUUUGGCACUGGCGCCUCUAUCAUCAGCCCUCUGCGAGAAAUACUCAUGUCGUCUGGUCGUGUUCAUUGGAGGACUGUUCUGUGCUACCGGUCUGGCGCUGUCGUAUUUCAGUACGGGCUUAUUGCAUCUGCUGUUGAGUUUUGGAGUUAUGACCGGUAUUGGCGGCGGCCUCUCUACUACCCCGGGCAUUGUGAUUGUAUCACAAUAUUUCGACAAACACCGAGCAUUGGCGAACGGUAUAUGUGUGAGCGGGACGGCAGCUGGUAGCUUCGUUUUUCCGAUGUUGAUUGAGAAAUUAGUUGAUAUGUACGGUUUGCAUGGAACUGUGUUACUAUUGGGCGGAGGCAUGCUCCACGUGUGCGUGGCGGCCACGCUGUACCGGCCGCCGCCAGUACCGCGUGCUACCACGCCCCCCACCACCACUACGGAGAGCACCACGCUGCUGCACGAUGUGCAGGACGGUAAAGCAGUCCCACUCAAAGACAACAGACUACAGAAUCUGUUCCAGCCCGAACCAGAGUUGACGUUUAACCAAAAGAACGCCAUGAUGAAUGAGGACAAACGGACAAACUUGCUGACGGAGAUCAUACAUCCUAGUUUAAUUGAGGUUGCUCGACCGCCAUUACCAUGUCAAAUGUCUGACUCCGAAGAUUCCGAGGGCUUAGACGUUUUGGGGGUAGUUGGAUUGCCCCGUGAAGUGGCCCGACUUCGUUUACGACCAACACGCUCGUCGUCCAUCUUGCAUUCAGUUGAAGAUCUAUCCACUGACAGUACGUGUGUUUAUAAAGCCAGUCGACGAAAGCUUAGCAGAUCUUUAUACAUAAAACCGCCGUUGCCAUGUAGAAUAAUUCCCAACAAAAUAGUGGAGCCGGAAGUGAAAAAAGACAUAGAAGAGAAGAAAGAAGAGAACGUAGAAGAAGAAGUUAAGAGUGGAUGUGUUGGGACUAUAUCCAGAUAUCUAGACGUGUCCCUACUAAAAUCAUGGCGGUUCGGCCUGCUAUGUACCUCCGUAGCGCUCAUGUCAUGCGGUUCACCGUACGCGCUAUACUAUCUACCUGCUUAUACCGUCGCCGCGGGACACAGUAAGGCGGCUGCUGGUCGUCUAGUAGCAAUCAGUGCUGUGUUGGAUCUCUGCGGCAGACUGGGGCUCGGCUGGCUGUGUGACUUACAUCUGUUUUGUAGACGAAAGGCGUAUAUAAUCAGUAUCCUUGUCGCGGGUAUCGCAGUACUGACAUUACCCAGUUUAUCAUCAUGGUGGGCUCUUGCGAUUGCUUCAGGUGCCUACGGCCUCUGUCUAGGCUGUUGGUUCCUUCUAGUGCCCGUAUUACUAGCGGACGCAUUUGGUACAGCUCGUAUAGCGUCAUCGUAUGGUCUCGUUAGAAUGUUCCAGAGUUUGGCGGCUGUUUCUGUACCGCCUACAGCCGGUUUAAUUCGUGACGUCACAGGCGGAUACUCCUGGUGUUUCUACGGAAUGGGUUCAUGUAUGGUGCUAGGUUCGAUUCCCGUCAUAGCAUUCCACAUUGCUACGAAAAAUAAGGAAAAAGAGUGAAAAGUUAAAAAUAAAAUAUGUCGGUAUCAAUGUCACCCGAAUUGGGUUUUGGCGCGAAAACAUUUGACUAGUAAAUUGUCAUGUAAAAAAAAAAUUUCGCGCCUUUUUUAGACAUAGAUAAAACUAGAUAGUGUAUCUGUCUGUAUUAUUGUUGUGUGUAAACUGUAGAAUUAUUGUGAAUAAAAAUGCAACCAU